UUUAAAAACUUGUUGCAGAACACAGCAGUAGAAAGUGCAGAUCACAGAUACAAACAUGCAGCAACAAAUCAUGCAUAAUAUGCAACAGCAACAGCAUCAGCAUCAUAACCAGCAUCCAGGUGCCUUUAGCACAAGUAGUAUAACUACUGAUCACAUCCAACAGUAUUUGGAUGAAAACAAGGCACUGAUUUUGAAUAUAUUGGAGAAUCAGAAUAAUGGGAAGUUUACUGAAUGUGCAGAAAACCAAACAAGGCUUCAAAAUAACCUCAUGUACUUGGCAGCAAUAGCUGACUGUCAACCAAAACAAUCUCCCAUUCAUCUUCAGCCAUAUAUGAACACAAUUCAGCAACAGCAACUGCAAACACAAUAUAUGGUCCCACAGUCACAUAUGAUGGCUCAAUCACAUACACAAUUUGCUCAGCAGCCGGCCUAUAUACAACAUGCGUUACAGGGCCAGUUUGGUAUUGGCUUGACUGGAACCAGUGGGACAGGAGCGGAAGUUGAAGCUUCUCGAGCUUUUCCUGACUUCGGCCAACUUGUAUUCGGGGAAAGCUCACAAGGGGUAAGUAGACCAGUAAGCCACUUAAUAAAUAAAGAGAACAGAAGCCCUAGUUCUGUUGAUGGAGGCAGCCCACAAAAGAAAGGUAAACUCAAUAGAGCAGAAACUUGAUAUAGGUUCGAUGUAAGAGUUUGUGGUUAGGCCAGAGAGUUUUGACCUCAGUUGACUUUUAGUGCUGCUUUGACAUCAGUCGACUUUUUUAGGUGUCAUGCCAGCUCUAUCUGGUUUAUGUUGUAAUAAGACUGCCUAAAGAAUGUGAUUUCA